AUUGGACACUGCCAGCGAUCCCCCGCUCGUGUCUCUCUAGCCGAUAACCCUGCUGUCCAGUCAUAAUAUCCAGCGGGAUUUCACAUACGGCUGCACCAAAGGGUUUUCCACUGUGACAGGCUAUGAUAGACGAUGGCUCUUACCAUGUACCUGGGGGGGUUGUGUUUGUCAUCUUAUUAGGUCGAAUAUUUGUUUGGUUACUUUGCCGUUCGCCCUUCACUCGGGGGUCGCUUGCAUAACCGUCGCAUCAUGACUAGAGCAUGGCGAUAAUGACAUGGAGACCUGGGUUUGCUUAUUGCUUGAAAAAGUGCAAAACCUCAAGGCAAAGGGAAGAGGCAGACCGGGAAAAGCAAAUACAUACUUAUCCACGUCUGCAGAUCAAAUCCAGGCCAGCGGAAACCAGAACCAAGAAGACCGAAACUCCAAGCAAUUAUAUGUACAGUACAUACAACUCCAGGUACGAAGAAUCGCAGGGUCGAUCGCUGGAUGACUAUCGUCCAAGUAAGUUUUCAAUAUGCCCGUCGUUGUGUGCCAGUAAACUCGCAGAUAUCUGGCUUCCAGCCAGGAACCAAGCAGGUACGAAGCAGGGUUCGCAGACUCUGCAUCGAAUAAAGAAAUGUCAGCCUUUUCUGUACGCCAGGUUGUACCCAGAGGGCAGCCCGCUUGCCCUACGUUUCAGGCUCUGGAAGGUAGAUAAAAGGGACUUGAUUCUAGUUACCAUAAUGUUCAUAGAUACGGUCAUCCAGCUGCCUCAAAUAUUUUGAUCCAAACAAUGAGCCCCUGCAGAAUAGUUCCAGCUAAUUUAGCUUUCUCUUGUGAGCUGAAUGGUGGGAUUUUCAAUUAUUUGCUGUCAACUUCAUUAGGCCUUUUUGAUCCGACUAUGGACAGCAAAGCAUAUUUGCAGCCUUGAAGUGAAUUGCUUGAUUUCAAAUGUUUCAAUACUUUAUCCUGGUUUUAAUCCUUGUGUACUCAAAGUCCAGCCAAUUUUCCGACAGAUCUUCCAUUUUGAUUCCAGGCUGGGAGCCUGAAAAUUGCCUCGAUCACUUCCCAGCGUAUCCACGAUUUUGUUGCAAGAACUAACCUGUGUCUUUCUCAGUAUGUCAAAAUUCCACACUGGCAGUCAACAUUCGAACUUGAGCACGGGAAGGCCUAACUUAACUUGUGCCCCAAAGGUUGGCCCUCGAAAUGCUAAUGACAGCAAACUUGUUUCUGUCUGGACUGAUGGCCUGUCCAAUUGCAAAUUUGAGAGGGGCUGUGUGUUGGCGCCGGCUUCUUAAUCACGUCCUGAACCAAGUUCCGGACAAGGUGUCGCCCGUCGCCCAUACCUGCUUGAAAAGCCGGUUCUCCGAGUUCGUAGGGUUAGAGAUUGUUCAAUCCGCAAUUCCACAUUCCAAUAAUUUGUGGCUCAAUUGCUCGCCCUAGGUUAUGCGUCUGUUGCUUAUAUGUAUUUAUUUAACUCUAGCUGUCAAAAAGUUCUGCUGCAGAUAAGUCCGCAAUUGAUAGGGGACUUCUUACUCGGAAAUAAGUUCUUGAUAUAUCGUCCUCCAUAGUUUCAAAUAUAUAUUCUGACUUGUUCCUCCUAGCGUUUGGGAAACUUCCUAGGUAGAGACUAAUAACCCUCUGACAAAAAAGGGGUGUUGAGCAACGCUGCGGGAUAAUCGCGCGGCUAUGCGAGACGCGGUAGUUCGACUAUCAUGUGAUAUCAAAUGUCGUCUCGGCCGUGAGACUAUGACUCAAACAACCAGGACAAAUACCUAUGGGUAUAGCCCAUAUGUCCCUCCUUGUCUCCUUUCCAGGGAGAAACCUUCACGCAGAGAAAUAUAGAGCACACAGCAAAAAAGACAUAGAGGACCAAAACCUUACAAUACGAACACAAUGACCACUCAACAACCAACCAACCCCACCACCACCACUACCACCGACUCCGAAAUGUCUCUCCGCGCCACAGCUCUCAUCACAAACCUCUCCGCCGUAACGGCGCGCAUCGCCGCCGCCUCCGCCAAAGUCCCGCAAACCCAACCCCAAAGACCCCAACGCCCCGUCCGCCUGCUCGCCGUCUCCAAAAUAAAGCCCGCCUCCGACGUCCAAAUCCUCCACGAGCACAACCCAACCCUACACUUCGGCGAAAACUACUUCCAGGAACUGCUCGAGAAGUCCAGGGCCCUCAAGGCCCUCUCGCCCGAGGUCCGCUGGCAUUUCAUUGGCGGCCUGCAGUCGAACAAGUGCGUGUCGCUCGCGCGCGAUGUGCCGGGCCUCUUCGCGGUCGAGAGCGUGGAUACGGAGAAGAAGGCGAAUUUGCUGAAUCGGGGGUGGGGGGAGAGGCUUGCUGCUGCUGGCGAUGCGGAUGCGGAUGCGGAAAAUCGACUCCGCGUCUACGUACAGGUCAACACGUCUGGGGAAGCGAAUAAAUCUGGCGUCGAACCUGUGGAGGCGACGCGUUUGUGUCGGCAUAUCCGGGAGAAUUGUCCGCGGCUGAAGCUGGUGGGGCUGAUGACCAUUGGGGCCCUGGCGAGGUCGCAGGCGACGACGCUGGAAAAUGAGAAUGAGGACUUUUUGUGUCUGAGGGAGACGAGGGAUAGGGUCGAGAAGGAGCUUGGGCUGGCGGGUGAAGAUGGGGAAGGGGAAGGGCUGGAGUUGAGCAUGGGUAUGACUCAGGACUAUGAAGGGGCGAUUAAGAUGGGGAGUGAUCAGGUUAGGGUUGGAGCUGAGAUAUUUGGACCCCGGCCCCCGAAAUUGGAGGCUAAGUUGGUGGAGAGGGAGAAAUCUUAGAGGACGAUCACGAUCGGGAUAAAAGUUGGAUAUCUGGUGUAUUUAUGAUUAAAAUGAGACUAUGUACGGAGUUUGUGACUGUAGAUUACUAAUUAAAAAGACUCCCACCUCAGUUCUUAAAUUACAUUUGAAAUUAUGUACACGUAUAGAACAUACACAUAACUAUAUAUGGGUAUGAGUCCCUUCGUUCACGCUCUACCAAGACAACUGAAAUUAAAGAAGGCAAAGACCAGAUGGAUAAUUCAAAAGUAAUUGUAAAGAAAAAAGGGAGUGCCAUCCAAACGAAUAAACAAAUCAAAGUGGGGGGGGUGAUGGAUAGUAGGGAUGUCAACAAGCUAUAAAUAUGUAUAAAUGAUAUUUCUUUUCCCUAUUCAGCGACGCUCUA